CAAAAACUUGGGGGAAAUGCAAACGGAAUCGAGGCUGGAGCACAACUCCGAUGAUAAAGCUAGUGAAGCAUUCGAAUUGCGUAGCAAUAAUCGUUAUGUGGUUCCUCUUGGUGUCCUCAUGGUGCUCUGCACAAUAUAUCUAAUGAUUGCCGGACUCCAGACCAACUAUGACUACUACUUCAAGCCGGGAGUUGCGGCUCUCAAUCCAUCCAGCAAUCCACCAAAUGUUGAUGCUACAAAUUAUGUCCACACUCAACCUCAACCGUUGUGCAGACAAGUUGAUAUUUUCACCGAGAAUGCACUUAAAGGCCAGGCAAAUCUGUUGAAGCAACAAUCAAAACAAUCUUCCAAUAACCUCGCAAUAAGACGCAAGCAGCAAAGGAUUUCGAAAUCAAAAACAACUAAAAAAGAUAUUACCAAGAAAUCAAAUACAGCCGAACCCAUUAUCUAUCUAUUUGCCUUGGUCUUUAUAUAUCUAUUGCUGAAGGCCGCAUCGGACAUAAAUCAACACUAUAAAUCGCAGAAGAAAGGAGAUAAGCGCUUGCGUCGAUGCUCCUUGCAAUCCUAUGCCCAAAAGGAGCAGAGGUCCUCUCAUCUAGAUCGACGUGCUUCAAAAGAUGCUCUGCUGCAAAGUAGACACUAUAUAUUUACGGAGGCCCGAUCCGUUUCGCUUGAUCGCUUCAAGCGAAGGGAUGACUUAGCCAUCGAGUCCAAAGAUCUACUCAAAAUUAUGCGCAAGCAGUCUACAAUUGCUGAACCUGCUCGAAUUUAUCAUCCAGCCAAACUUUCGGAGCCGAUAAGGGGUCGUCGCUUAUCGGUGCCCCUCAGCAUUAACUAUCAAACUGUGCACGUUGCUCCUCCUGCUCCGGCUCCUGUUGCUCCACUGGAACUGGCGAGACGUGGCUCUGUGAUCAGUGUGGGUGACAUGAUGACGCCUCUGGCGCUGAUAGCACCAUCCACUGGCCUCCAGACGAUGCCCAUGACCGAUCUGAAGCGGCGCGUUCGCAUGAUUAAUCGCCACUAAAGGGAAUGGGAAUCGGGAAAUGAUAUAGAUUGAUAUAUGACAUAUAACUCAACUCAACGACUAUAUGGACUUCACUUUCAACGAAUUUAUACACUCAGAAAAAUGAUCGCCCUGAAUAUUAGAAAUUCGCCAAGAGAUCCUCACCAGAAGUCAUAAUGCUAAAAUUGAAGUUUGUGGCUUUCUAAAAACAAGGCUUUGUAUUUCUUAAUUUCAGGGUGGUUGUGUGAAAAUCUAAAAUUUAGAAAACAUAUGCCCAGUUUUCAGCGCGUUUUUCAACAUUGGAGAGUUUGUAGUUUAUACUAU